AUGUCUGAGAAGCAACAAUCCAGUUUUCUUGUCGAUUUUCUAAUGGGUGGUGUUAGUGCUGCUGUUGCGAAGACAGUAGCUUCACCAAUCGAAAGAGUCAAGCUUUUGAUUCAAAACCAAGAUGAAAUGAUCAAACAAGGUUCCUUGGACAGCAAAUACAAGGGUAUCGGUGACUGUUUCAAGAGAACUGCUCAACAGGAGGGUAUCAUUUCUUUCUGGAGAGGUAACACCGCUAACGUCAUUCGUUACUUUCCAACUCAAGCUUUGAACUUUGCGUUCAAGGACAAGAUCAAGUCGUUGUUCGGUUUCAAGAAGGAGGAGGGUUACGCUAAGUGGUUUGCCGGUAACUUGGCCUCUGGUGGUGCCGCUGGUGGUCUUUCCUUAAUGUUUGUCUACUCUUUGGAUUACGCUAGAACCAGAUUGGCUGCUGACUCCAAGUCUUCCAAGAAGGGUGGUGAACGUCAAUUCAACGGUCUGGUCGAUGUCUACAAGAAGACCUUAGCUUCUGACGGUAUUGCUGGUCUAUACAGAGGGUUCUUGCCAUCUGUUGUUGGUAUUGUUGUUUACAGAGGUCUGUACUUUGGUCUUUACGAUUCUUUGAAACCAUUAUUAUUGACUGGUAACUUGGAAGGCUCUUUCUUGGCUUCUUUCGUGUUGGGUUGGGUUGUUACAGUCGGUGCUUCUACUGCUUCUUACCCAUUGGAUACCGUUAGAAGAAGAAUGAUGAUGACUUCUGGUCAAGCUAUCAAAUACGACGGUGCUUUCGACUGUUUCAGGAAGAUUGUUGCUGCUGAAGGUAUGGGAUCUUUGUUCAAGGGUUGCGGUGCUAACAUCUUGAGAGGUGUUGCCGGUGCCGGUGUCAUUGCUUUGUACGAUCAAUUACAAAUGAUCCUAUUCGGUAAGAAAUUCAAAUAG